GAUUUGCGGCGAAGUGAAAAUGUAGAGAAAACACAGCUGGCUGUGAGGCUGGCUGUGAACGGGUCAUCAAGCCACUCUCUUUGUUUUAACCAGGAAAUACACGGAGCAUGGAUCUGUUUGGGAAUCUGGAGAUCUACAUCCCGGUGGAGGCUGAAGUGAAAAACAUCCUCCUGUGGAGUUUACCAAACUCAGUGCUCAGACAAAUGGGCCUCCCGCAGUCUAACAGUGAGGGCUCCAGGAAGCUGGCAGAGUCUCCAGAGGUCAUAUGGAUUUGUCCAGCAGUCCUACAGAAGAAAGGCCAGAAAGCGACAUCCAAGGAAGGAAACAGCAUGGCAGAAAACGUGUCUUCUCUGAUGGCAAAGCAAGCUCCAGUGGGUCCACUCAGAAUGUCUUUUGUCUCAUGCAGCCACGCGGCUUACAAAGUGCUAAAGGACACCAUGCCUGGGAAAAAGGUCUCCCCUCACACCUCCUUACCUUCAGGGAAGGCCCCGCGGAGCUACCAGGGGAUGGUCAUCAUCUACCACGGACGCAUUUACCUGUCCAUCAGGAAGCCUAGUAGAAGCCAGGGUCCACAAGAGACACCUGAACCACAGUCAGCGUCCCAGUCCUUCGUCCCUUCAACAUCAGACGUGUCAUCUAAAAGUCCGAAGAAGCGCCAGUCCCCCCAGGCGGCCCUACAAUCUGCAGACACGGUGCUACAAAAUAAGAGAUUACGAGUCACUCUACCCCAGAUCUCCCCAAAACAGCUGAGGGACAUUCUCACAAAACCACAGUCCACCAAAGAGCAGGAGCUGCGAAAUGACAAGAAUAAAACCACCACAUGCAAACAGAACAGAAAAGGUGCCAAGCACGAGGGAAGGGAUGCAUCUUCAUCCAAGACAGCACAUUCUGUCCCUCAGUCCACCGACGGCAUGCAUAGCAGCAGUCACAAGGAUGCUAGAGCAGGACAGGCUGCAGAGGAAGCAGCAGGCCCGGGACCAGCUUGGUUUCAGUCUCAGGGGGAGCAGCAGGAGGAGGUGGCCAACGAAAACAGUGAGAUGCAGGACCUGGGAGGUGAAGAAACCGAGCACAACACUCAAAACAAUGACAAAGACAGUAGUAUAAAAGUCAAUAGCGGUGAACCUGUAGAACAAAGCAACACCCAGAGCUGGACCAGCAGAGAGUCUCCGGUUGCUUCCACGUCGCGACAGCAGGAGUAUGACUAUAAGGAGCUGGCACAGGAGGAGAUGAUCGCUCAAAAGAAGGCCAAACUCUUACAGGCUAUCAACAAACUGACACCAUCAAAGUGAACAGCUGUAACGAUGUCUUAGCUCCUCAAAACGUUUGAUAGAAAUCAUCCACAAAGUGCUGAGGUCAACUCAGUGAGUACAGAAAGGACAGAAACUGUCCUGACACAAGUAAUUGAGUUGGACGAUGCAUCGUAUCGAUUAGGUGGUUCCGAAUAUACUGUUAUUAUGUUAUAUUUCUGAUUCUGAUCUCUCAGAAUCUUGUAUGGGACAUGAAUAAUGUUACAUUUGAAGGUGUGUAUGUAAACACACUGGUUUUCCACCUUUAUCUUAAGGCUGCAGACAGGUCAUACUUUAAAGGUGACCCUGCUGCUGUUGAGGCUCUAGCAAUAGUAAAAUGGUCAAUAAAAUAAAUCAGAAUCAACUGACCUGAGACAUUAAUUGGCUCCCCCUGGAGACACCAAAGGUUUUUUUUAAAAGAUGGAUUUUUUUCCCCUGUCUUGGGCGACGCCUCUUUUUCUGCAGCCGAUUUGUUCCUAGAUACCCAGUAAUCAUUCAGCUGAUUUUUAAACAUUUUUGUUUUAUUGAUGACUGAACCAGGAGAGCUGGCAGCUGCUGCCUUCACUCAUAUACUGGUGACUGUCCAACAACUUUUAAAAUUCUGCUCCAUGUGUUUCUGUCUCUGUUUGACAUGUUUAUCUUGCACAUGUUGAGCGGUGUCCAGAGCCUCUGCUGCAGAGAGGAAGUGUUUACUGAUGAUUGAAAUGGAAGCCAGCACAGCCACAAAGAAAGUCAUGGUCACCGUCCUGCACAGCGUGGGCAGCAGGCAGCGCCCUGAUGUGAGAAGACUGCUGCGAUCCGUGGAGUUUACACACAGCCAUGACACGGUGCAGCAGAAGCGUGGCCUGUCGAGCCAGGAACCAGCCGAGUGCUGCUGCCAGAAGUGGGUGUAGGCAGCGCUGUGAAGCCCCCUCGUGGAAAAAACAUAAACUGGAUCUCAGAGCACAGCUCAGCUUUGAACUAACAGCUGCUGCAGAAACUUUCUGGACUCCUGGUGGAAAAGAGCAUAUGAACAGAACUGAUGAAUGAAUUCAAACAGAUGAUGGGCUGUUUGUUAUGAUAGAUGCCAUGAGUCAUCACAGCAUGAUAAGUCCAACAAAUUCACUUUUAAGCUUAAAAAUUGAGCAAUAAAGCAACAAGCAAAUCAGAAAAUA